AGUUAUUUUAGCGUCACCCUUAUGCAGCUAAAAUGAAUUUCUCUCAUCUGUUCCUAAUAGCACUGACAGUACUGGCUAUAUCGGGAUACGCAAAUUCGAAUCCCGAGCCUCGCAAUGAUCGCACGAUGAAGAAACGUCAAGAGGUGCUGGAGGUGAGGCGCAGGCAGGCGGAAAUAGAGCACAAGGAAGACCUGAAGAGGAGAAUAGCGGAGUUCAAGGCUAGAAGGCGCCAGAAGGAGCUGGAUGAGGUGAUGAAGAGGCACUCGGCGUUGAGGCAUCAACGCCUAGCAAAGUCAAGGGCGGAUCAGAAUUCUAUGGGCCGCCGCAGGUCCUCGUCUCGUUACCUUCGCGGAGGGAAAUACCCCGUGGCGAGGCGCAACUCGCCGAUGGUCAGGAAGAGGCAGGAUCCGAUGGGCUUGGGCAGCAUGGCCCGGAGAAGGCAGAGCGGAAAAUUCGCAGACCAAGAAAGGUUCUUGCCUAUGCCAUUCGCUGUGAAACGACUAAAAACGUGGCCUACAGGCCACUACAGGGCAAAAAGAUAAGCAUUUAAGCGGCAAAAAAGGAAUAGAAAGAAUAUAAAGAAGGCUAAAGGAGACAAUAUUUACAAAAUAUAUAAAUGCAAUUGUUAAAUGCAAUAAAUAUAAAUUCAAUACAAUGCAAUAAAUGCAAGUUAUGGACUAAACGCUGUUUUUCUACUGUUUUCAUUUAUUAAUGACAAUGAUAAAAUAUUUACCAUUAUUUACAGGUUAAAGGACUGUUUCGUCGAAAUUAGCUAACAUAACUUUAAUAAAAACUGGAAUGUUACUAUUAUUAUUAUGACCAGGACAAGAAAAUAAAUUAUAAAUACGAA